AUGGGAAAUGAAGAUUCUUCAGCUAAACCUGAGAGUGUAGUGGAUAUGGGCUCCCUCCCACAGCCCAUUCCUCAUCUGAUUGCCCACAAACCAGAAGCCAGCAGCCACAGAACCAGGAUAGACAGGCAGGUGACACUGUUUAUUGUCCUGACACGGACAGGCGCAGUCCCAAAGUCCUGCAGGUCCGGCUCCAGUCACUGCAGACCCGGGUCUACAUCCGGUGCUCAGGCCUCCCGAAGCGAGGCUGCGCGCGUCCUGCACGGUCCCGCCCCGAAGGAGCGCAGCCACGCCCCCUUCUCUGGUCAUUCCCUCUGCGAAGUCAGUUCCACUCUAGUUACAGGAUUGGGGCGGGGCCGGCAGAGCGCAGGCGCAACGGGCGGCGGAAGUAGGAACCUGGGAAGGAAGAGAGAACGGGGCCUGGCUGUGCUAUGCCAAGGGCCCACGUUUCUGUUGUGGGAAGCUCCAGGAGGUCGCACGUGCGUCCGAGCCCAAGCCCCUCUCCUCCACUCCCCUCCCCGCUUGCCCCGGAGCCGCCAAACGGCCGGCUUCUUCUCGGCCCGCCGAGAUGGCGCUCGACCCCGCAGAGUAAACGGUAGCACCAAACUGUCUUCAAGAACAAACCAGCAUCUCAGACAUGUCGAAAAAGAUAUUUUGAUCCCUAAAAUAAUGAGAGAAAAGGCCAAAGAGAGGUGUUCUGAACAAGUUCAAGAUUUUACCAAAUGUUGCAAGAACUCUGGAGUUCUUAUGGUAGUAAAAUGCCGGAAAGAAAACUCUGCAUUGAAAGAAUGUCUGACUGCUUACUAUAAUGAUCCAGCCUUUCAUGAAGAAUGCAAAAUGGAAUACCUGAAGGAAAGGGAAGAAUUCAGAAAAACUGGAAUUCCUGCAAAGGAAAGGCUACAGAAGGUUCCAACAAGCAUGUAGGCAGAUACUCAAAUGACAUUCAGGAACUCUAAUAUUCAUGGAAGUCAUUUUAUAGUAUAAAUCACCUUAAAUAAUGAACUCAAGCAUGUAUGUUUGCUUUAAUUAUGGAAAUACUGAAAUAAAUAUUUUAUUUCAAA